AUGCCCAACAGUAGCUCCAUGGCCCAGUUCCUCCUGCUGGCAUUUUCAGACAGGCAGGAGUUGCAGCUCCUGCCCUUCUGGCUCUUCCUGGGCAACUCCCUGGCUGCCCUCCUGGGCAACGGCCUCAUCCUCAGCGCCGUAGCCUGCGACCAGCACCUGCACACCCCCAGGGACUUCUUCCUGCUGCACCUCUUUCUCACAGACCUGGGCUGCAUCUGCACCACUGUGCCCAAAGCCAUGCACAACUCCCUCUGGGACACCACAAACAUCUCCUACACAGAAUGUGCUGCUCAGGCCUUUUUCUUUCUGUUCUUCAUCUCAGCAGAGUUUUCCCUCCUGACCAUCAUGUGCUACAACCGCUACAUUGCCAUCUGCAAACCCCUGCACUAUGGGACCCUCCUGGGCAGCAGAGCUUGUGCCCAGAUGGUAGCAGCUGCCUGGACCUCUGGGUUUGUCACUGCUCUUCUGCACACAGCCAAUACAUUUUCCCUGCCCCUGUGUCAGGGCAAUGCCCUGGGCCAGUUCUUCUGUGAAAUCCCAAACAUCCUCAAGCUCUCCUGCUCACACUCAGGCUACCUCAGGGAAAUUGGCCUUCUUAAGGUUAGUGGCUACUUAGUGUUUAACUAUUUCGUUUUCAUGGUUUUCUCCUAUGUGCAGAUCUUCAGGGCUGUGGUGAGGAUCCCAUCUGAGCAGGGAUGGCACAAAGCCUUUUCCACGUGCCUCCCUCACAGGGCUGUAGUCUCCCUGUUUAACAUCACCUCAUUCAUUGCCUACCUUAAGCCCCCCUCCAUCUCCUCCCCAUCCCUGGAUCUGGUCCUGUCAGUUCUGUACUUGGUGAUUCUUCCAGCACUGAACCCCCUCAUCUACAGCCUGAGGAACCAGGAGCUCAAGGAUGCCCUGAGGAAACUGAUAACUGGGUAUUUUUCAGAAGCAAUAAACUCUCCUUCUUUUGCAUGCUAUGGACCCCCCCCGGGGACCGUCCCCUGCGCGAACUGCACAGCCCGCGUCUGCCACGGUCGCACGCGGGGCACGCCCGCCGGGACCGCACGGUGCGCUGUCAGACGGCAGCACACUGGGGCGCUGACCACGGCAAGGUGGAGGGCAGGUGGGGGGGGACAGGUGGCGCCCGCCGCAGCUGGGGCGGUCCACAGGAAGGACCCGGUGCACAUCCAGAGUCGUCGCCGUGCGCGCACCUUGGAGACCUGCUGCGGAUAUGGGUACGACCUGGCGCGAGACUUACACCCUCUCACGCGGAUUUUCACAGACCAGCGAGAGCUCAUUGGACGCUGCCAGAACUGCGACGCUUUCCAAGGCGCGGGCCUCUCUCUCGGGGCAAACCCAUUCCAGGGCGCCAGGUCCUUCACAAAGAAAAAGGAACUCUCCCUGGGACUCCCUCCGGCUUCUCCAGGAUCGGUUGCGUCACCGCACUGGGCACCUCACGGCGCCCGUCUCUGCCACUCCAGAUUCCAGGACCUGAACCCGACUCCCUUUCGAUCGGCUGAGGACAACGGAGGCCAUCGCCCGCCCUUUCGGAACGGCGCUCGCCUAUCGCUUAGGACCGACUGA